GGGUGGUCUGCGAAUAUCCAAAAUCUGUCAAAAUUAAAAACGCGAGCCCUGUUUUACCGACACGUCCAUGUGGUUCUUUGAUUUGAGGUUGACAGAUAAGUUGGCUGAUGCAAUAAUUUAAUUUAAAAGCACAAAUCACCCAUUUCUAUAGAAUUUAAAAUAAAUAGUGAAUCGUGUGUAAAAUUAAUUUUUAACUAUGACGGAAGACGAAGCGAUAUUUGAUCCUACCUUAAAAAAGAAAAAGAAGAAGAAGAAGACUGCCUUUGAUGUUGAAGCUGCUCUGGCUGAAGGCAGCACAGACACAGCAGAUGCUUGCAGUGUUGGUGAUGGAGAUGCAAAAGGAGAUGAUGAUGACGACGGAAAUAUCGAUCUAGACUUAGAUUUUACAAGGAAAAAGAAGAAGAAAAAGAAGCCUUUCUCUACUGAAGAUCUCGAUGCUGCUUUGCCAGAAUUGAAGGAUGAAGAAAUUUUAGAAGGUGGUAACCCUGAAGAAGGUGCUCCAGAAGAUGACUUUGACAUGGACUUGCUGGACUUUAGUAAAUCUAAAAAGAAGAAAAAGAAGAAGACCAAUUUGGAUGAGUUAAUUGCUGAAGCUGAGGAAAAAUCAGAAGACAAAGAAAAUGUCGACGAUAACUCAAAUUCGUGGAUGGGAUCUGACAGAGACUACACCUACGACGAACUGCUAAAUCGUGCCUUCGAAAUUAUGCGAGACAAAAACCCCGACAUGGCGGCCGGCAAAAAACAGAAGUUCGUGAUGAGACCGCCUCAGGUGGUGAAAAUCGGCGCCAAGAAAACCUCGUUCGCCAAUUUUACCGAAAUCUGCAAGAUGUUGCACAGGCAGCCCAAACAUUUGUUGGACUUCUUGCUGGCCGAGUUGGGUACCAGCGGUUCCGUGGACGGCAACAGUCAGCUCAUCAUCAAGGGUAGAUUCCAACAGAAACAAAUUGAAAAUGUAUUGAGGAGAUACAUUAAGGAAUACGUCACCUGCCACACCUGCCGUUCGCCCGAUACAAUUCUGCAAAAAGACACCAGAUUAUUCUUCUUGCAGUGCGAGACAUGUGGGUCUAGGUGUUCUGUUGCUAGUAUUAAAUCUGGUUUCCAGGCCGUUACAUCAAAACGUGCUGCUAUUCGAGCAAAAACAGCUUAGUUGGUAUGAUAGCAUUGCAAUAUGUUUAUGUUAUAUGUAACAGCACUUAAAUAUAUUUUGAAAAACUCGUGCUGACUUUAGGUGUUUUGUGAGAAUCCAUUUGUACCAUAAUUUUAGCUCAAUUGUUAAUAAACAAUAACAGCAACAUAACGUUUUAUUUAGUUAUAUAAUUUUAUUAAACUAUUAUUUUAUUUCAUUAAUUUUUACAGAUGCACUUAUAUAGGGUCAUAUUUAUAAUAAAUCUUUAAGCAGAA